AUGGAAUCUGUCGCGGUGGAUAUUCUGCAGGAGAUCCUGCUGAGGCUUCCGACGAGGGACGCCGCCCGCUGCUCCUGUGUGUCGAGGCUCUGGCGGCACGCCGUCAUCGACCCCUCCUUCCGCUCCCUCCACGCCAGGGCCAGGCAUGUCGUCUCCGGGGCCGGCGCAGAGGCCCUGCUCGUGUCGGAGAUCCGCACUCCGGGCAAACCCCUCGAGGCGACUGUCUUCAUGGCCUCCUCCGGGAAGGCUAUGUGCCGCCUCCCCCACCUUGCCAGCGGAUACAACCUCGUCAACGCCUGCAAUGGCUUCCUCCUCCUUGCGUGCGGCGCCAAGAAUUCUCCCGUGUUCGUGUGCAACCCGGUCACCGGCGAGAAGCUGGAGAUCCCGCCGCCGCCUGACACGACCUUCACCCACUGGCGCAUGUACGCCAUGGGGUUUAGCCCGUCUACCCAGCAAUACAAGCUUUUCCGGUUCUCCUACACGGCUGAGCCCGAGGUCAUCCACUUGGACGUGUGUACCUUAGGCGACGGCCGCGGGUGGCGCCCGCACCCGUACCUUAUCCGCUGCAGCGCAGUAUAUGGCCUCUACUCGUCGCCGCGCGUGCUCGUGGACGGCAGGCUGUUUUGGGUGGUGCAACGUUCAGGGCGUGUCUUGGGGCCGCCCGACAGGAUACUUGUGAUUGACGUGGCAAGCGAGACACAUGGCACAUACUGCCUCCCGGAUAAGCAUACACAGGGGAAGGGCGCGGUGGUGCACACCUUGGAGCUGCGUGGGCGGCUUUGUGUCGUCGUGCAUGUCGGAGAUCAACUUCAUUUUCGGAUCAUGCAUCGGUUAGGUCCACGGCUCCACGGCAUGGACCACGAGUGGUAUCCUAUGUGGAAAUUGCGUUACACGUUUUCCAUGGAUGUAUAUGGCAAUGACCAGGCGAGUGGCGCCUGGUUUAACGACGCCGACGGGUUGUUGUGCUACGGGUUGAACGAUCGUCUCUACAUGUACGACACAACCAAGAAUAAGAAGAAGCCACAGCAAGCUUGUGUACGGGACAACCAAUUUUUCAUGCCGGCUACUCAAUUGUUGGGCGAUGACCUGCGUUGGAAUGUGUACGGCGGUUACCGUCCCAGCCUAGUCUCGCCCCAUCUUGCCUUUGAGCCCAAGUCCACGGGCUCCCUUCAGCACUAUGAUGUGCAGGAACACUUUGAGCAUUCCUUAUUACAUACGGUGGGGUGCCAAAAAACAUCCAAAAAAAGACACUCUACAAGUUGCCCACGCAACGACAUGGAUGUCCAGCGUGCUGCCAAGAGGGCUCGUGAGACGGGAUGA